AUGGAUCAUUCAAUAGAAGUCACUUUCAGAGUAAAAACACAACAGGUUAUAAUACCGGAACAAAACAUCCGGGGAAAUGAACUUCCCUUACGUCGGUGGCAGAUGGAACUCCUCAUGUUAGAUGCAACAGGAAAGGAAGUGGAGCCUACCAUCCUCUCUAAAUGCAUCUACCAUUUGCACUCUAGCUUCAAACAGCCCAAAAGACGACUGAACUCGCUGCCAUUUUUUAUCAAGGAAACCGGUUGGGGAGAGUUUAACUUAAAAAUAGAAUGCUUUUUUAUAGGUAACGCUGGAAAGUUUAGCAUUGAACAUGACUUAACGUUUGAAGAUGAUGCAUAUGCAGUUGACUAUACCGUUGAUGUGCCUCAUGAAUUCUCACAUCUCAAUAGUGAACUAUCUAAAUAUUUUGAUCUCCCGUGGAAAGUAGUGUCUCCGGAGGAAGAAAUGUCUCUUCGUAUAGCCGAUUUGCCCUGGAUUAAAAGCCUUGCGCUUAUAGAUGAGGAUAUGAUGACGGACGUGGUUCAGAUGAUAUUGAAUGAUCCUGCAGUACAGAGAGCAAUUGAAAAUCAUCCCAGAAGGGAGCAGUUUUUUAUGUUUAUAACACAACUACCAGAUGAUUUGUUAAUGAAAAUUCAGGCAUUUUUGAAAUUACCGAACAAAAAUUCCACUAAACAAGAAAGGACAAAUUUUGGGUCAGACGCAAUACAUAAGGACGAGCCAGUGAAGGCUCAUAACAAGCUAAAGUAG